AUGGAGACAGCUAACACUCCAGCAGCGCCUGCUGCUGCUGCUGCUGCUGCUGCUGCUUCUGCUGCUGCUGCUGCAAACACCGAACAAACGACAGCAGCACCAGAUGCUGCCGUUGCUGCAACAGCAGCACCAGCAGCUGCUGCUGCUGCUGCACCAGCAUGGGGAGACACAGCAGCACAAGGAGCAGCAGCAGCUGACUCAGCAGCAGAGGGAUCUGCUGCAGCAGCAGCAGCAGAAGCAGCUGAAAUAGCUGCUGCUACAGCAGCAGAAACGCCUGCUGCAGCAACAACAGGAACGCUUGGCGCAGCAGCAGCAGAAGCGCCUGCUGCAGCAGCAGCAGCAGCAGAAGCGCCUGCAGCAGCAGCAGCAGCAGCAGAAGCGUCUGCUGCAGCUGCAGCAGAGGAAGCUUCUGCUGCUGCCUCUCAUGAAGAAGCAGAUGCUGCUUCUGGGGUUGCAGCAGCAGCUGCAGCAGCAGCAGCAAAUGCAACAAAGCAAGAAACACCGCCAAGCACAGCAGCAGAUGUGAAGCCAGAGGGAAGUGCUGCUGCUGAGAAGACAUCUCCUUCCAGCAGCAGCAGCAGCAGCAGCAACAGCAUCGGCAGCAGCAGCAGCACCACCAGAAACAGCGCGGACGCUGCUCCCCUCAAGCGGAAGGCUACGGACCGCAGCAGCAGCAGCAGCAGCAGCAGCAGCAACAGCAGCAACAGCAGCAGCAGCAGCAGCAGCAGCAGCAAAGUAAAGAGGCAAAAGAACACCACUGGGGCCUCUUCUGCUGCGCCUGCUUCCCUUUCCAACAGCAGCAGCAGCAGCAGCAGCAGCAGCGGCAGCGACAGCAGCAGCAGCGAAAGCGACAGCAGCUCAGAGGAUGAGGAGGAGAUGGCGCUGCUGCAGCAGCACGAGCAGCAGCAACUGGCUCCGCUGCUGCAGCAGCUGCUGCAGCAGCUGCGCAGCAUGUUUCAGCAGCAGCUGCAGCAAGCAGCAACUCUAAGACAGAAGCAAAUAGAGCUCACGGGGCUGUGGGACCCCGAAUUCGUUGCUGCUGCGGCCCCCCCCUCCGCAUAUUCCUUACAACAAACUCCUCAAGUGCCACAAAUUCUGUAA